AUGAAAAAACCCGCAUUUCUCCGUUUUGUUACCGUUGAAGGGUUGAAAAACCUUUCUAGGCUCGGUGUUUUGAUGAGUACAUCGUUUUGCUUGGCCUUGUUGUUUGUCAGUAGUAUUGUGGAUUACAACACCUUGUGGAAUCCAGGACCGGAAUCUGCAUUUACUGCAGCUGAAACUUACUACACGUUGCUAGCGAAUGCGAGUGCUUACCAUAGAUACUUUUUCUACUUUGUUGUCAGUUCAGGAAUGAUCUUCCAUAUUAUUCAAGCCAACAAAGUAACGGGUGAUGACCGCUUGUAUUAUUAUUCCAGUACUUUUUUGUAUAUAACUGCGUCUGUGAUAUUUAUCGUCAAUGUUUCUCCUGCUAUCAUUACUGCAAAAUUACGUCGAUACAUUCAAUUCGACAGGAACAUGCAUUUUAUGGUUCUUGGUGCCUCUCAAGUCUUGAUUGGUUUUCUUUUGGUCGGUGUCCUUCUUCUCCAGCUUGGACAUCUAUUUGCUCUUUAUGUAACCGAUAUCUUUCAACGCGAGGAUACCGAGAAACAAUCUAAUGAAGCGGCCGAGCAGGAAAUUUCUGCUACUGACAAAGAAUACACUUCCAAAGUCACCUCCAAGUAUUCCAGUCAAGUACAGAACAAAAAGGAAAACUAG